CCCCCUCACAGUUUGUGAGUUUGGGGAUUGUUGCGUCCGAUAACCGGACCCAGAAGGGACUCCCUCGCUUGGCUUGGCUCUCAGUUUUCCCGCUCAUGUCCGGAAAAAUAACGGCGUCUACCGCGCCGCGUAUGGCGUCUGCCUGCCAACGCGAGCGUCCUUAUCCUUCCCAGAGCUUCCUUGGGUUGUCCCUGGUGGCCCUGGUAUUCCUGCUGUCCACAUUCUCCGAUGCCUGUGAGGAGCCACCAACAUUUGAAGCUAUGGAACUCAUUGGCAAGCCCAAAACCUAUUAUGAAGUUGGGGAACGAGUAGAUUAUACCUGUAGAAAAGGAUUCUACUAUGUACCUCCCCUUGCCACCCAUACUAUUUGUGAUCAGAAUCACACAUGGCUACCUGUCUCAGAUGAACCUUGCUAUAGAAAAAUUUGUCCAUUUAUAAGAUAUCCUUUACAUGGCAAAACAAUCUAUGCAAAUGGAAGUAAUGCGUAUGGUUAUCAGUUGCACUUUGUUUGUGAUGAGGGUUUCUACUUAAUUGGUACUCCAAUUCUAUAUUGUAAACUUGAAGGCAUAAACGCAGUUUGGAGCAGUAAAGCCCCAGUAUGUGAAAAGAUUUUGUGUUCACCACCUCCAAAAAUAAAAAAUGGAAAAUAUACCUUUAGUGACAUAGAAGUAUUUGAAUAUCUUGAAGCAGUAACUUAUAGUUGUGAUCCUGCACCUGGACCAGAUCAAUUUUCACUUGUUGGAGAGAGCCAGCUUUAUUGUUCUGACAAUGCAGUAUGGAGCAGUGAUGCCCCCGAGUGUAAAGUGGUCAAAUGUCCAUUUCCAGUACUCAACAAUGGAAAACAGAUAUCAGGAUUUGCAAAAAAAUUUUUCUACAACGCGAUGGUUAUGUUUCAAUGUGAUGAAGGUUUUUACCUCAAUGGCAGUGACACAGUUGUCUGUGAUAGUAACAGUACUUGGCAGCCCCCAAUUCCAACAUGUCUUAAAGCACUGCUUCCACCCAGUACAAAGCUUCCGACUUUGAGUCAUUCAGUGUCAACUCCUUCCAGUACAAAAUCUCCAAUUACCAGUGUCUCAGGUCCUAAGCCUACUCAUCCCACCAAGCCUCCAGUUUCAAAUUAUCCAGGAUAUCCCAAUCCCGAUGAAGAACUAUUUAAUAUUAACAAUUUGGAUGACUGGGUCAUUGCUCUGAUUGUUAUUGUUGUAAUUGUUGGAGUUGCAGUAAUUUGUGUUGGCCUGUACAAAUGUCUUCAAAGCAGGAAGAAAGGGAAAGCUGAGGUUAGAGCUGAAUACACCGCUUGCCAGAGUAAAUCAGCCACUCCAGCAGAGCAAACAAUUUGAAUGGUUUCUACAACCUGGUUAAACAGUUUAUCUUCUGAUUCUGUUACGAUCUACAGAUCUAUGGUAGUUACUUCUAGCUUCAUUCUCAUGAAGGCAACUGUUACGCAUAAUCCUAACACUUCAAUGUGGCUUGGAUAUGGUCAUUAUCUUCAGAUGCUUCUUUGAAAUGUGUAUGAAUUAGGGUAUGAAUAUAUUGCCUGUUUCCCCUUAAAUAACACUUGCAUUUCUAGCGCAAGUCAACACAGCAUCCCCGGUAGUAUUAAGGUGUGAAAGUGCUUAUUUUAUAAAAUUGGCACAUUUAGAGAAAUAUAGUUCAAAAGGAAAUUGUUUCAUUUGUAAAGAUUUUGAAAACUUUUUUGUUCAAAGAUUAAUGCAAACUCUUAAGAUUCAUUCUUUCAACAAUUACAAAAUAUAUUUUAUAUAUCUUUACAAAUAUGUAUAUACUACCUACUUUGGCUCUUAUUCAUUAAAAUAAGAAUACUGAAAAUUAA